CUGCAUUAUAAAUAGCCCCAAACACCUUGCAAAUUUCAUUUCAUUUCAUCUCGUCCCAGAAGCUGCUUGUGCUGCUCUUUCAAACCUUUUCCUGCCCUUCGCUAGCUGUGAUUCCUUGAUCUCCAUUUUCCUCAAUUCUCAAUAUGGCCUCUACCCAGGUUGAAGCUGAGCCAGUCAAAGAGGUGACCAACAAAGCUGAAACUUCAUCACAGGCAUGUCCAGUAGUUAUUGAAGAAAAAGCUGCCACAACUGAAGAACCCGAAGUGGUUGUGGAUGAUGCUGAUGACGAAGAAGAGGAAGUGAAAAAUGAAUCGGAUGAAGAGCAAGCAGAUCAGGAGAAAUUGGAAGAAUAUUCACCUAUUAUUGGUGAAGAUGAGCCAAACACUAAUUUUGAUGACGAACUAGAAGCUGAAGAUGGUGACUUGAUUUAAGACAAGGAAAGAAAUCUUACAUGAGGAGAGGCUGUGGUGAUCACAAUCUUAUAUGUGUGUCUGGUUUUUAUCAUUUAUGUGUUUUUAUUAUUUUUUUCUUGACACCUCCCAUGUUUUAUUUUGUCUUGUUCUGUUGCGUGUAGUAUCUUGAAAACUAUAUUAUAAAGUGUGCCUAAGAUUAUUAGUUAA